AGGGGCGGCGCUCGGCUGGGCUGGGCCGGGCUCGGCGCGGCCAUCCCCGGGCCCCGCAUCGCUGCGUGCGCGGAGCCGCCGCUGCAGCCGGCAGGAUGAUCGCCGCCCAGCUCCUGGCCUACUACUUCACGGAGCUGAAGGAGGACCAGGUCAAAAAGAUCGACAAGUACCUCUACGCCAUGCGGCUGUCGGACGAAACGCUGCUGGACGUCAUGGCUCGCUUCAGGAGGGAGAUGAAGAACGGCCUCUCCAGGGAUUUCAACCCCACAGCCACUGUGAAGAUGCUUCCCACCUUCGUGAGGUCCAUUCCUGACGGCUCAGAGAAAGGAGAUUUCAUUGCACUGGAUCUUGGUGGUUCUUACUUCCGAAUCCUCCGGGUGAAGGUUUCGCAUGAGAAAAAGCAGACGGUGCAGAUGGAGAGUGAAAUCUACAACACCCCAGAGGACAUCAUGCACGGGAGUGGGACACGGCUUUUUGAUCAUGUUGCUGAAUGCCUGGGAGACUUUAUGGAGAAACAACAAAUCAAAGACAAGAAACUGCCAGUCGGGUUUACAUUUUCCUUCCCCUGUCGACAAUCCAAGCUAGAUGAGGGUUUCCUGAUAACCUGGACGAAGCGCUUCAAAGCCAGCGGAGUGGAGGGAGCAGACGUCGUGAGGCUGCUCAACAAGGCCAUCAAGAAACGCGGGGACUACGACGCAGACAUCAUGGCAGUGGUGAACGACACCGUGGGCACCAUGAUGACCUGUGGCUUUGACGACCAGCGCUGCGAAGUCGGCCUCAUCAUCGGCACGGGCACCAACGCCUGCUACAUGGAGGAGAUGAGGCACAUUGACCUGGUGGAGGGGGACGAGGGCAGGAUGUGCAUCAACACAGAGUGGGGGGCCUUUGGGGACGAUGGCUCGCUGGAAGACAUCAGGACCGAGUUCGAUCGGGAGAUUGACCGCGGAUCCCUGAAUCCUGGCAAGCAGCUGUUUGAGAAGAUGGUCAGUGGGCUGUACAUGGGGGAGCUGGUAAGGCUCAUCCUGGUGAAGAUGGCCAAGGAGGGGCUGCUCUUUGAGGGGAGAAUCACCCCUGAGCUUCUCACCAAAGGGAAGUUUGAGACAAAGCAUGUUUCUGCCAUUGAAAAGAGCAAAGAAGGCCUGAACAAAGCCAAAGAGAUCCUGACCAGGCUGGGGGUGGAGCCGUCCCCCGAGGACUGCAUCGCUGUGCAGCACGUGUGCACCAUCGUGUCCUUCCGCUCCGCCAACCUGGUGGCCUCCACGCUGGGGGCCAUCCUCAACCAGCUGAGGGACAACAAGGGCGUGGGCCGCCUGCGCACCACCGUGGGCGUGGACGGCUCCCUCUACAAGAUGCACCCACAGUACGCCCGGCGCUUGCACAAGACCACGCGGCGCCUGGUGCCCGACUCGGAGGUGCGGUUCCUGCUGUCGGAGAGCGGCAGCGGCAAGGGCGCGGCCAUGGUGACGGCCGUGGCGUACCGGCUGGCCGAGCAGCACCGCCUCAUCGACGAGACCCUGGCCGAGUUCAAGCUCACCCACGAGCAGCUGCUGCAGGUGAAGAAGAGGAUGAGGGCGGAGAUGGAGGCGGGGCUGAAGAAGAAGACUCACGACACGGCCAAAGUGAAGAUGCUGCCCACUUUUGUGCGCAGCACGCCCGACGGGACAGAGAAUGGAGACUUUCUGGCACUUGACCUCGGAGGGACAAACUUUAGAGUUUUGCUGGUGAAAAUCCGCAGUGGUAAAAGGAGAACAGUGGAGAUGCACAACAAGAUCUAUGCCAUUCCCAUAGAGGUGAUGCAGGGAACAGGAGAAGAGCUGUUUGAUCACAUCGUUACCUGCAUUUCUGACUUCCUGGAUUAUAUGGGGAUAAAAGGAGCACGUCUUCCUCUUGGCUUCACCUUUUCCUUCCCCUGCAAGCAGACCAGUCUGGAUGCUGGUAUCCUUCUCAAUUGGACAAAAGGCUUCAAAGCUACAGACUGUGAGGGAGAAGAUGUGGUAUAUUUACUUAGGGAAGGAAUUAAAAGAAGAGAGGAAUUUGACUUGGAUGUGGUGGCUGUGGUGAAUGACACAGUGGGCACGAUGAUGACUUGUGCUUAUGAAGAUCCAAACUGUGAAAUUGGGCUCAUUGUGGGAACGGGCAGCAAUGCCUGUUACAUGGAGGAGAUGAGGAACAUCGAGAUGGUGGAUGGUGAGCAGGGCAGGAUGUGUGUGAACACGGAGUGGGGAGCCUUCGGGGACAACGGCUGCCUGGACGACAUCAGGACAAUCUAUGACAAAGCAGUGGAUGACUUCUCCCUGAACGCUGGCAAGCAGAGGUAUGAGAAAAUGAUCAGUGGGAUGUACCUGGGGGAAAUAGUGCGCAAUAUUUUGAUUGACUUCACCAAGCGGGGUUUCCUGUUCCGAGGCCAGAUUUCAGAGACACUGAAGACCAGGCAUAUCUUUGAAACCAAGUUCCUUUCUCAGAUUGAGAGUGACAGGUUAGCCCUGCUGCAGGUGAGAACCAUCCUCCAGCAGCUGGGGCUCAACAGCACCUGCGACGACAGCAUCAUCGUCAAGACGGUGUGCGGGGCGGUGUCGAGGCGAGCAGCCCAGCUCUGUGGGGCUGGAAUGGCUGCCAUUGUAGAUAAAAUUAGGGAGAACAGAGGCUUGGAGCGCCUGGAGAUAACGGUUGGUGUGGAUGGAACUCUCUACAAACUCCACCCACACUUCUCGAGGAUCAUGCACCAAACAGUCAAAGAGCUGGCGCCCAACUGCGACGUGACCUUCCUGCUGUCGGAGGACGGCAGCGGGAAAGGGGCAGCGCUCAUCACAGCCGUGGGAUGCAGGCUCCGUGAGGCUGAGCAGAACUGAACUCCACAGCCCUGGCCUCAAUUCUGUCUUGUGUUUCUCAUAAAGCAGCGACUGGCAUAGUCAGAACUGGUAAAAAACUCAGAACUCGCUGCUUUAUCGGGGGAAAAAAAUAUUACAACUAAUGACAUAAAAAAAAAAAAAUAGGAUACAAGAUAGAAUGUGUGCUCUUAAUAAUAUCUCCUGUUUCUGGACCCCAAUCUGCAUGUUUCUUACUCACCUUGUCGGUACUUUCCCCAUCUGUAGGUCAUGGAAAAAAAAACCAGUCUAUAAUUUCUGCAGUUGUCAAAAAUCAGUUGUUGUCUGAGACGAAAUUGCCCCCAAGUGAUGUGCGUUGAGAGCUCCCGUUGCAUCGUACCAAACGUGUUCUUUGCAGCAUCCCUGUUAAGCACACUGCCAGCACGCUGACCACCAGACCUGGGUGUUGAUGCUUUUAAGUGAAGGGGAAGCAACAGUUCCCUCCUGCAUUAUCUACCUGCUGUUGUUUCGUCUCAAGCGGUUGUGAAAACAUUUUGGUGUGUCGGCACCGUGCACGCACGUAACUCUGUAGUGGGACUUGACACCGCGACUUACUCGCUUCCUUGAUGCCUCCUGUCAUGGUGAAAGUAAACACCCUUGUCCCACAGACCUGGUUCCACUGGUAUUCCCCAUUGCUUCUGUGAGUAGUGUUGUGUUCCUGGGCGAAAUCCGUCACGUUUCGGCGAGAAAUCCCUAAAGAGCGGUCGGUGACUGGGGUAAUCCAAAUCUCCAGCCCUGCCAAUUCGAUAGAUCUGUGCUCCCUACACGGCUGUGCUGUGUUCUUCUGUCAAAGGGUUCUUACAGAGAACAGUUCCUGUCUCUUCUUGUCAGUCUAGGUCGGGGCACUGCAGCUGCCCUUGCACCAAACCUGCAGCGCAGCCACCUCCCCCGGCUGCGCCUGCUUCCGUCUCUCGCCUUAAAUGGGUAUUUGCUUCCACACAGAGCUUUAAUCUGUAAUGCUGUCCAGCAGCCACUCGGAACACAGACACCCAGCCAGAGUUAGUGCGCAGAAAGGAAGGGGAAGGUUGUGUUUUGAUCUUGCCUUGGAGGACUCGGGUGCGUAAACAACCCAAAAAGCCAAAAUUGGGUGCAGCUUAUUCCAAGGAGGAAGGCAACAGCAGAUCAUUUACACGUGGUGUACCCUGUCCUCUGUCCAGUCAAUGCCAUUAUUAUAUUUGCAUUAUUGUAUUUCCAUCACUUAAAUUGAGAAGCAGCUAGGAAGGUACAUCUUGAGUAACAUUUGUAAGUCACGCCACUUUCUGCAAAGAGGGAGACCACACAGUUAAGUCCUUAAUUCCCACUCUUCUACCAAAAAUGAAUCUGAGAUGUCCGCAUGGUUUUCCCUGCUGCCUUUUCCUGCAGAAAGUAGAUGGAAAUUUGCAGGCUGCUCUUCUCUGCUCUCGUUCCACUCCCUAAGAUUUGGAUUGCCCCUACCUAUCGAUAACAUUUCAAUAUGCAUUAUGGUGCACUGUGAGUGAAUGUUGUAAAGUAACCUGUAAGUCACAAACAGUCAUUGCAGCUUUAAGUGUGUGUCUACCUGAAAAAUUGCAUGCCUAACUGGUUUUGCAAAGGUAGAGGGUCUUUUUACUUUGCACACUAGUAGCUCCGGUACUAGUGUUACGUGAUACUUGUGAAAAUAUUAAACUUUUUUGAUGUGCGUUAA